AUAUUAGAUUUUUAGGGUUUCGCUCUUCUUUUCAGCUUCCUUCUUCAAGCUGCGGCUAAGCAAACCUACUUGUUACCUCUGAUCUCUUCUCUUCCACACGACACUUGAGAGCUCGAGCCAUGGCCGCCGCCGUCGAAAUUGACGCUGAGAUUCAGCAGCAGCUUACCAACGAGGUUAAGCUCUUCAACCGUUGGAGCUUUGAUGACGUUUCGGUCACAGAUAUCAGUCUUGUUGACUACAUUGGUGUGCAGCCGGCGAAACACGCAACCUAUGUUCCCCACACUGCUGGAAGAUACUCUGUCAAGAGGUUCAGGAAGGCUCAGUGCCCAAUUGUGGAGAGACUCACAAACUCUCUCAUGAUGUACGGAAGGAACAAUGGUAAAAAGUUGAUGGCUGUGAGGAUCAUCAAGCACGCCAUGGAGAUCAUCCAUCUCUUGACUGAUUCGAACCCGAUUCAGGUUAUCAUUGAUGCCAUUGUUAACAGUGGUCCUCGGGAAGAUGCUACCAGGAUUGGAUCUGCUGGUGUGGUUAGGAGGCAGGCCGUUGAUAUCUCUCCUCUAAGACGUGUGAACCAAGCGAUCUUCUUGCUCACGACUGGUGCACGUGAAGCCGCCUUUAGAAACAUCAAGACAAUCGCUGAGUGCCUUGCUGAUGAACUCAUCAAUGCUGCCAAGGGAUCUUCCAACAGCUAUGCCAUCAAGAAGAAAGAUGAGAUUGAGAGAGUUGCUAAGGCCAACCGUUAAGGGAUCUUCCUUUGCCCUGAGUUUGCAUUAUAUCUCAAAGAGUUUUUUUGUGCUGUUUUCAUUAGCUUUGGACAUGUUUCAGAAGAUUUUCUCUAUCUCGUUAAUGAAGUUUUGACGCUUUCGUCGACUUGGGAUAUUGAUCAAACGGUUUUCCUAUUUAAGAAUAUUUCAUCUAUAUAUCUCUAAUUCGAAAGUUGAUAAAUCAAAAA